AUGCUUCCUCUUUUUUCUUCUUUUUCUUCUUCUUUUUCUUCUUGCUCUUCUUCUUCUUCUUUUUCUUCUUCUUUUGCUGCUGCUGCUGCUUCUUCUUCCUCUUCCUGUUCUUCUUCUUCUUUUGCUGCUGCUGCUUCCUCUUCUUUCUCUUCCUCUUCUUCUUCUUUUUCUUAUGCUUCUUAUUCUUCCUCUUCCUUUUCUUCUUUUUUUGCUGCUGCUGCUUCCUCUACUUUCUUUUCCUUUUCUUCUUUUUCUUCUUCUUCUUCUUUAAAGCAUCUUCCUUUCGUGAGCUUCGUCCAUAUUUUCUUUCCAAGGGACUCGAAGGAAUCAUAUUUAAAAAAAAAUAAUUAUAAUUAUCUAUCUAUCUAUCUAUCUAUCUAUCUAUCUAUCUAUCUAUGCAGUGUUAAUGCAACUGUAAUCUAUCUAUCUAUCUAUCUAUCUAUCUAUCUAUCUAUCUAUCUAGUCCAGUCUUUCCCUAUCUUAUCUAUCUAUCUUUCUAUCUAUCACUUCAUAUCUAUCGAUCGAUCAAAGUUUCUUCAUAUCUAUCUAUCUAUCUAUCUAUCUAUCUAUCUAUCUAUCUAUCUAUCUCAGUUUCAUUUUAUGUAUGUAUCUAUGUAUCUAUCUAUCUAUCUGAACGUAUGUACUAAUCUAUGUGCAUAUAGAUUCUCGCAUUAUGUUUUUCAGUUUGUCCCGAAACUACAAGGCUAUUUACACCUUAAAGAGCUUGCCUGUGAAGCGGGUUAA